AUGCCAACGCAGCUGGUGUUGGCGCUGCUCGCGGCCACAGCGGCGAGCAUCCUUGCCCGGCCUCCAGAGCCCACGCCGUCUCAAGUGGUGGCGCUGGAGCCCCCACCGCGGGGCCCGCUCCGCCAGCGCGUCCCCAUUCCAGAGUCGCGAGAGUACCUGUUACCGAGGUUCCUGCUGCCACACUUUCUAGGCUACGAUGACAGUCCCCGGAUGCCUCCGCCGCCGCAGCGAACUUUACCCGACCACGAUUGGCUGAAUAAGGAAAUUGAUCGCAUCAAUCAGAUGUCAGGUGAAACUGAAUCCAUCAUGAGGCCAUACGACGACGAUUUGGCCCACUGGAUUGCCCGCGACCCUUAUGUGCAGCGUAUGUUCGAAAAUCCCGUGAAAACGGCUCCUAGCCACAAAUUUGUUCUAGAGUCUAUGAACGAAGCAGAUGAAACCAGAGAGAGACCACGUCUAAUGUUGGCUCCAUCUAUUCAUGAAAUAAAAGGCCUAAACAAACGCCCCGAGAAACCGGCCAGAGAUGAUAGAAAAUCAUUUGCACUCACGCCUCUCGAUAAAGGCUAUUUUGAACCAGACCCGAAUGCGAAAAACCAACGUAAGUAA